CAACCUCCGAAAGAAGCCCAAUCUCGUUGGGCUUGCCCAACGCUUAAACCGCCAAAAAACCCUACUCUGCUCCCCGACUCCUCCUCCUCCUCCGAUCCAUGGCCGCCGGCGACCACCACCUGCGGCUGGGCUCCUACCUCGGCGACGUCUCCGCGCUCUCCUUCCUCCCCUCCUCCCCCCGCCCUCUCCUCCUCGCCGGGACCGGCUCGGAGCUGCUCGUCUACGAUGUCGACGCCGCCAGCCUCGUCGCCUCCUUCAAGGUCUUCGACGGCGUGCGCGUCCACGGCAUCCAGCCCCGCGGCGCCCCCAAUUGCUCCAGCUCCGACGGGCACGCUGUCGCCGUGUUCGGCGAGAGGAGGGCCAAGCUUCUCAGGCUCCGCGUAGACGCGGACCAUGACGGCGGCGUGCGGCUGGAGCUGGAGCAGAGGCUCCCGGGGUUCGACCACUGGGUGCUCGACGCCUGCUUCCUGGAGGUGGAUGGGCUGCUCGCGAUCGGUCUCAGUGACAAUUCGGUGGCACUGUGGGAUUUGACGGAUCAUGCGUUUGUUACACGAGUGAAUUCGCCAGAGAAGUGCCUUCUGUACUCGAUGAGAAUGUGGGGGGACUCUGUCAAGUCCCUCCUCGUGGCAUCUGGAACCAUUUUAAACGAGAUUCUUAUUUGGAAAUUGGUACCCCGGACCCUGAGUUCCUCCUUGUUACGCACGGACGAGGUGGGAGCUCCUGCUGUUGAGAACCGUGAAAAUGUACAUUUUAGUGGUAAUCGAUACAUGGCAGUCCAUAUUGGAAGGCUGAAGGAGCAUGAAGGUUCUAUAUUUCGAAUAUCUUGGUCCUCUGAUGGAUCGAAGUUCAUGUCCGUCUCUGAUGAUCGCAGUGCUCGCAUGUGGAUGUUAAGUUGCCAGCCACAGAAUUUUACAAAUCAAGCAGCCAAUAUUGAUAAUGUGGACAUUAUACCGAAACUGACACUUUUUGGACACAGUGCUAGAAUUUGGGAUUGUUAUAUAUCUGAUUCUAUAGUUAUAACUGCUGGUGAGGAUUGUACGUGCUGCAUUUGGGACAUGGAUGGGAAGCUAAUCAAAAUGUUCAAGGAACACAUUGGCCGGGGUUUAUGGCGAUGUUUAUAUGAUCCAAGCUCUCUAGUUUUGAUUACCGCUGGGUUUGAUUCAGCAAUCAAAGUGCACCACCUAUGUAACUCCUCUUUCCAUGACAUACUGGAAGAAAAAGUGGCCCCAGAUGGUCUGAAAUACGAGUCUGAGGUAUUUGAGAUAUCCUCUCCUAUAGUUUCAGGACAGUAUGGUCCCCUGGAUAGCAAAAGCGAAUAUGUUCGGUGCCUACACUUUGUGCAAGAAAAUGUUCUUUAUGUUGCCACAAACAAUGGAUAUCUGCAUCAUGCUGACCUCUCUGAUACAAAUGAUGUAAGAUGGACCGAGGUUAUUCAGGUCACUGAGAAAGCACCAAUUAUAUGCAUGGAUGUCAUGACAGUGCACUCAGAUUCUUUUGAUAAGGACGAUAUUGUUGCCCUUGGAGAUGGCCACGGAAAUGUUACUAUUGUCUGUUUAACAAGUGGCAAUCUUGAGCCUAAAGUAGAUUUAUCUUUUACCUGGUCAGCUGAAAAGGAUCGGCAACUACUAGGACUAUAUUGGUGCAAGUCACUUGAAUGUAGCCACAUUUUCACUGCUGAUCCUAGAGGCGUUCUUAAGUUAUGGCACAUAAGGAAGGCACUUUCCUCAAAUGCCCAUGCUCUCACUGCAUCUCAAGAAGUUUCACUUGUAGCAGUGUUUGAGUCUCCAUUAGGGGCUCGAAUCAUGUGUUUAGAUGUAUCACUUCAGGAUGAGAUCCUUAUAGCAGGUGACAAAAAGGGUAACAUCGUUGCCUUUCCUUUUAAUAAAACAUUGGCCGCUCAUGAUAGCAGUGGGGCACAACAGAAGAUACCUUUCUGUGACCGUUUUAAAGGAGCUCAUGGCAUUUCUAGCGUCACAAGUGUUCAUAUAACUACCUCAACUUCUGAUGAUACUCAAAUCCACACUACCGGGGGAGAUGGCUGUAUUUGUUUCUUCAAGUAUGGGAGAUAUGUGAACAACGUUGAAUUUGUUGGAAUGAGACAAUUAAAAGAUUUAGGCACCAUUCAAUCCAUCUAUGCUGAUCAUGCCUCUGAUACCCAAUUGGUUGGUACCUAUGCAGUAGGUUUCACCUCUGCAGAUUUUGUCAUUUGGGACCUUGGAAAUGAUGCAAAGAUGGUUCAAAUUUCCUGCGGAGGAUGGCGGCGCCCUUAUUCUUAUUAUCUUGGGAUGGUCCCUGAGUAUCAAAACUGUUUUGCCUUUGUAAAGGACCAUAGUAUCCACGUUCACAGACACUGGGUACCAGCUCAAGAUAAGAAGUUGCUUCCUCAAGUUCUUCAUACACAGUUCCACGGAAGAGAAGUGCAUUCUCUGUGCUUCAUAGAUCCAGCAAGCUAUUCACAUCCUGAGAAGAGCACAUAUUUGUGUAUUGCGACGGGGUGUGAAGAUGGAACCGUGCGACUUACAGGAUACUCGGCUAGUAAUGCUGGAAGAUGGCGUUCAUCCAAGAUGCUGGGGGAGCAUGUUGGUGGGUCAGCUGUGAGAGAUACGUGCUUCAUCGCGAAGACUUACACAUUAAUAGAUAAAUCGUGCAACUCUAGUGGAAGUUCUGGCAACAUUUUGGUUGAAAACGAGGACACCACUUUCUUAUUGAUAUCUGUUGGAUCAAAGCAAGUUCUGACGACUUGGAUUCUGCAACCUAGAAUUGUGGAGAACAGACAGGUGUGUUCAGGUGAUCUAGAUUUGGACACCAAGCAAAGCUCAGAAUGCUCUGAUAAUGGUGAUUCAGCAGUUACAUUUCAGUGGCUAUCUACCCACAUGCCACCAAAGCUUACCACAAAUAGGCUGAAAGCUGGUCAUGUAAAACAAAACUUCGUGGAAAGAAAUUCCUCUGCACAACCCAAUCUGGCUAUUAUGGAUCAGAUGGAAAAUGAUUGGCGUUACCUUUCUGUUACAACAUUUCUGUUGAAACAUCCGACUACUACGCUGACAGUAUGUUUUGCUGUUGUUGCUUGCUCUGAUGCAACAGUUGUUCUCCGUGCUCUUCUUUUGCCUUCUCGGUUAUGGUUUGAUGUUGCCUUGUUGAUUCCACAGACAUCUCCAGUUCUCGUUCUACGGCACAUUGUCGACGCCUCUAGUGCUCGCUCGGGAGAUGAUGUUGGUAAUGGAGAUAGAUACAUUAUCGUGAGUGGAUCUACAGAUGGUACCAUUACUCUCUGGGACCUAACAGACACCAUUCAUGGCUUUAUGCAACUCGUGUCUGAGACUCAGCCACACAUGGUUAUUGAUUGCCAAAAGCGGCCCAAGACAGGAAGAGGGAGUCAAGGUGGCCGUCGUCGGUGGCGAUCAUUGGCAAACAAUUCUGUGAAAAAGGACAGCAAACAGACAUUGCCCCCUACUGAGAACGAUCUGAAUGCCUUGUGUGUUGUCGAUGAAAGUUCACAUGAAAUUUCCGGACCAGAAGAAAAUGAGGUUAUAACUACCGAGGACACAAUGUCAAGUACCCAUUCAUGUGAUGUACCUGAGGUGCAGCCAAUGCAGACAUUUUCCGGUGUUCACCAGUCAGGCGUUAACUGCGUCCACAUCUCGGAGAUGGAGCGAGCAUGCCCUAUAACUGGCAUGCCAUCUUACUGCAUCAUUAGCGGUGGUGACGAUCAGGCUGUCCAGUGUUUUGUGUUUACGUUAGGAUCUCCACAGCAGAGCUGCUCAAUGAACAAGGCAAGCCUAAACUCGCCUGCCGACGGUGCACUUACAAUACUAAGCCAACACACGGUUCCGUCGGCUCACAGUUCAGCAGUUAAAGGUAUCUGGACGGAUGGUGUCUGGGCUUUCUCUACUGGACUUGACCAGAGAAUCAGAUGCUGGAAGAUGGAUCCAUCCGGCAAAUUCAUGGAGCAUUCCCAUGUCAUCAUCAGCGUGCCUGAGCCAGAAACUCUAGAUGUUCACCAUGACCGUGGGAGGGGGAAAUACCAUAUCGCUGUUGCAGGAAGAGGAAUGCAGAUGGUUGAAUUCUCACCGCGGAAAGACGACUCGAUGGAGGCAGCAUGAAUUUAGCCUCGGUGUUGUGUAGUUUCUUCGGGAGCGUCAUCUGGAUUUUGAGAUAAUUAGUGAUUCUGAAGAAGUGUAAUUCUUUUUCUGUGCGAUGAGAUGAACUAAGAUACUUGUCAGGUAAUUCUGGUUGUA